AUGGCCACGAACUCGACCAUCCAUCGUCCCUUGAGAUUCCGCGAUCAUGAUGUGCCCAAACCUCUCUGCACUAGCAGCCCUCGUCGUCCUCGCGCUAGGGUCUGCAUCCGGCAGCCCGGUCCCCCAGGACAGCGCCGCGACAGCUUACCCUCGCCCGAUCGCUGUCCACCCGGACCAGGCCGCAUAGCCCGCAAGCAGCGUCGCCAGCCUUCGCUUGAUCCCUUCCUCAUACUCUGGCAGAAACAAUAUCGUUAUUUUGCCUGUGGCAGAACACCUCUCAGGGCGCCAGCGUAUCCUGGACUAUAUUGGUCACACGAACUAAAUCGUUGA